AUGAAGGGUGGGAAACUCUUGGAUGCCCCGUCAGACACAGGCAGCACUCCAGAAAACCACAAAAAACCCCAUCAAUGCUCAGAGUGUGGGAAAUCCUUUGCUCACAGGUCCCUCCUUUUGACCCACAUGAAGGUCCAUGUGGGAAGUGGAUCCAGUCAAGCUUUGGGGGGUGAGAAAUCCUUUUCUGGAAAACACAUGGAAAAUCUCAGACGCCCCCCCAGACUAAAACCUCAUAAAUGUGAGGAAUGUGACUUAUGCUUUGGUCAAAGGUCACACCUUAUUACACAUCAGAAAACCCACACGGGAGAGAAACUCUAUCAGUGUCUGGAAUGUGGGAAAUUUUUUUCUCAGAAAGCCACCCUCAGAAACCAUGAGAGAAUUCACACAGGGGAGAAGCCUUACAAAUGUUGGGAAUGUGGAAAGAGCUUUUCUCAGAAUGCAAGUCUUUGGGUCCAUGAGAAGGUUCAUGCAGGAAUAAAAUCGUACAAAUGUUUUCAGUGUGGGAAAUGUUUCACCCGGAGUUCAUCUCUUCGGAGUCAUGAGAAAACGCACAGAAGGGAGAAAAACGAAAAGUGCCUCGAAUGUGGUAAAUGUUUUUACCAGAAAUCAAACCUGGUGCGACAUCAUAGACUUCACACCAGAGACAGACCCUAUGAAUGCCCAGAAUGUGAGAAACGAUUUAUGUAUUCUUCUGAACUUCGGAGACACGAGGAGAGGCACAAAGGAGAGUUACGCUAUCAAUGUGGGGAGUGUGGGAAAAGUUUUAGAGAGAAGCCGUACAGAUGCUCACAUCAAUGCAACGAAUGUGAACGAUUCUAUCGUACCUCAUCUGCCCUUAAAAGUCAUGUGAAAAUUCACAUAGGGGAAAAAAACUACAAAUGUUUAGAAUGUGGGAGAACAUUUGCUCAUGCGUGUUCUCUCAGAAGCCACAGCCGAGUACAUACAGGAGAAAAGCCCCAUAAAUGCUCGGAGUGCAAUAAAUGUUUUUCUCGGAAAGAUACUCUUGUGAGACAUCAGAGAAUCCACACUGGAGAGAAACCAUACAAAUGUCUGCAGUGUGGGAAAUGUUUUGCCCAUCCUUCGUCAUUUCGCAUACACACCAGAAAUCACACAGGAUAGUGGCCUUAUAAGUGUGUAGAGUGUGAGAAAGCUUUUCAUUGUAAAUCAGAGUUAAAAAUGCAUCUGAAUGUCCAUAGCAGAGAUAAACCUCUUCCAUUGUGAACGUUGAAAACAUUUUUUUUUUCAAAAGUCAUAUCUUAACGUUAACCAGGAACAUCACACAAUGACAGAAGGGAAAUCCUACUAUUGUUUGGUGUGGGGAAAAUGUUUUUCCUACUCAAGUAGCCCAGCACAAGUGCAGAGGGGUUAGGGGAGGGGAUCUGAGUGGAAGACACCUACCCAGCGACUUGCAGUCUUCCAUGCCAGCUUCCCCUUUGACUUUCUGGGGAAGGCAGCGCAGAAGUUGGCAAAUGGCAGUCAUGUAAAGGUGCUGCUCUAAAUGCUUCUAAUUAUUUUCGUAUCUCAGAAACAGAAAUAUUUGGA